AUGAGAAGCUGUUUCCUUACUGCUCUGGCGGUAGGAUUCUUAGCUAGCAGCUCAGCAGCCAUUCAUCUCUUCCAACGGGAUGCGUCACCGGCGGUUGUAAGACUGGGUACAUACAGGAAGGCAGUACAGGAUCCUGUUAAAAGAGAUGGGCUACGCCGAAGACAGACGCUUACCGAGACACUUGACAAUGGGGAAACACUUUACUACGCCAACGUCAGCCUAGGGACGCCAGCCCAGAGUUUAAGGCUACAUAUCGACACUGGGAGCAGCGACUUGUGGGCGAAUGUAAAAUCGUCUGAGAUUUGCACAGACCGAGGGAGUCCUUGUUCCGCAGGAGGAACUUAUGAUGCCAACUCGUCAAGUACCUACAAAUUCGUGAACAGCGACUUUAAUGUCUCUUAUGUCGAUGGCUCCGGAGCCGGAGGCGAUUACGCUACCGAUACAAUUAGCAUUGGAGGACAGACUUUGACUAGCCUACAAUUUGGCAUUGGCUAUCAGUCAACAUCAACGGAUGGUAUUCUGGGAGUUGGAUAUACCGCAGACGAAGCACAAGUCAAUGCGGCCAACCUGAAGUCCUACCCAAACCUCCCUCAAGCCAUGGCUAACGCUGGUCUGAUCAAAUCGAACGCAUAUUCUUUGUACCUAGAUGAUCUCGAAGCCAAUACCGGGUCAAUCAUUUUUGGUGGUGUGGACACAGACAAGUACACUGGUCAACUCCAGACACUGCCCAUACAGAAAGAAUUCGACGAGUAUGCGGAAAUCAUCAUCACUUUGAGCGGCGUGAGCAUUAUCAAUGGAGGUAGAACCCAGAACUUGAACACCGACCUUCCCACUGCCGUCAUUCUGGACAGUGGGAGCAGUUUGACAUACCUACCAAAUGACCUUACGAGUGCAAUCUACACUGCUUUGGAUGUCCAAUAUAGUCAACAAGACGGGGCUGCAUUUGUGAGCUGCGACCUUGCCAGCGAGAAUGUCACCCUGGACUUUACAUUCACGUCCCCAAUAAUCUCAAUUCCCGUCAGGGAGCUGGUCCUGAGCGUUUCCAGUGCCGAAGAGAGCCGGGAAACCCCAAACUCUGGCGACAAUGGUGAGGGCUCGUAUGGUUUCAGUGGCAGCGACGAAAACAUCUGCCUCUUCGGUGUUGCUCCAUCCCAAGGGUCAACAUCCGUUCUAGGCGACACUUUCCUCCGCUCGGCUUACGUAGUUUAUGAUCUUGCGAAUAAUGAGAUAUCCCUUGCGCAGACUGAUUUCAACUCGACGACUAGCCACGUUUUGGAGAUUGGUACAGGUACCGCCAGCGUACCAGACGCCACGCCAGUAACCAGCGCUAUCGAAGCGUCCGUUUCGCAAUCUGGAGGUGCCAGAAUCGCGGGUGUGUCUGGCACAGUGACGGGAGGGUCGAUACCGACUGGCAGGAGUGGCGCUGUUUCUUCGCAUGUACCGUACAAGAUUCUUGGUGGGGCUGCUGGCCUUUGGGCAGCUCUUGCCUAUUACCAAAAGUCACCGGUCUUAGCGGACUUUCUGUCCUCAUUGCGCAUUCUGCCAAGACGUGGGAAAAGGAUCUCAGAAGGCAAUUACUAUGAAGCACAUCAGCAACUGCGAGUAGUUGCUUCCCGUUACGUCAAGUCUUCCGACUGGGACUCAGCUACCGAUAUCCUCUAUGGUGGCGCAUUGGCUUUGCUGAAGGCGGGACAAGGUGGCAGCGGCGGGGACCUGGGAUGUUUCCUCGUUGAGGUGCUAGGGAAGGCAGAGAAGGGAUGCGGCACUGGCGAGAAAGGUGCGUGCGAGUUUGGUGUUGUAGAGGCAACGAAGCAAGAAAGACGGGGAGUCCGGCGGUUGGAAGAUUGGAGAACCUCUUACAAGGACUAUGGAGUGCUGAUUUACGGGCGUGAUACAGGGAAGCUGUUAACGCUGUUGAGAGCGUUCCCACCCAAUGAACCUACGAAGAAGAGAUUCGUGUCGGAGAUGGUUGCAUGGAGUGGAAAGGCUGGAGACUACCCAAAUGGAGAUCCAGAACUGCACCAUGUAGCUGGGACUUUGUUUGCAGAAGAAGGCGAGCCAUACGACGCAGAGCGCCAUCUCGCCCUCGGUACCAAAGACUCCGCUGAGCAGCUUGCCAAAGUUGAGUAUGAAUGGUACACCCAGGACGAAUCCCACACCGCCGCUCUCUACGCUGCAAGAGCCGUCUUCCCCUACCUCCUGACUAGCAACCUCCGCUCCGCCAAUAAGGCGUAUCUCAUAUUCACCUCCCGCCUCAGCUCCUCCAACAGAUCACUCAGCGUACAGGAAGUCAGCAGCACCUCUUCCGACAUGCGCGUCUAUCCCUCAUUGCCUCUCCUCAAUUUCCUUGGUCUUCUCUUGCUGGCGGUUCAGAGGGGUAGCUCAGAUCUGUAUAAGCAGUUGGCUAAGCACUAUGCGCCGUAUGUGAAGGAGGUUGGCACUUGGGAUGAUGCAUUGGCGCAGAUAGGCGAGAUGUAUUUUGGGAUACGGAUACCGAGGCCGGGGAAUCCUUUAAUGGACGUAAUGGGGAGCUUGAUGGGAUUCGGGGGAAGCCCGAAACCAAAGCCUAGGAAGGUGGAUGCUCCAGUGCCACCAGCCGUGGACUGA